UCCGGAAGUUAUCUUGAAUUGCUUGAACGAAUACUGGAAAAUAGUUAGCUAUGUGCUAAUUACUUUGACAAUAUCGGUAUAUUUAAUUUGAAUGAUUGAUUAUCGAUACAAUACUUUCAAGUGAAAAUCAAAUAAUAAAUAGAGUACUUCCGGGUGUCUAUAUAAAUUUAAUUAGAUCUUUCAAGCAAUUAGAUAGUACCGGAAAUAAUUUUCAAUGUUUUAGUAAAUUUAAUAUCAAUCUUGCACUUAUAAAAGCGUCAAUUCGUUUGUGCUUGGACACCAUUACAUUCUAUCUUGACUUUGUUACUUAAACAUUUCAGACAUAUUUCACCACGAUUUAUCUCCAGUUGAAAGAAUAAUAUCACCAGGAAAACUCUCCUAUUUUGGGGUUAAGAAAUCGAGACAUCAAGAAACCCAGUGGUAAAAUUCGCACGAAUACAGAACACGUACAAGUUUUAGAUUGUCAUAUCUGUAUAAACAAUACUACGAAUAGAAGUUAUUUGAAAGGAAUCUUAUUGAGAGGACAUAUUUGUGACCAAAAUAAAUAUACUGGUUAACAUUUGACAAUGCACACUGGAGAAGAAUAUAGAUGUGGAGUAUGUGAAAGAUCAUUUACUAAUGAACAAACUCUUAAAAAACAUAUGAUAUUACACACCAGAGAUACAAGUUUUCAAUGCGAAAUCUGUGAAAAAUCAUUUUCUCAUCAACGUUAUUUGAAAGAGCAUUUAACAAUACACACAGGAGAAAAACAAUAUGAAUGCAAAAUAUGUGACAAAUCAUUUCCUCGAAAUAAAUAUCUUAAACGACAUAUGAGAAUUCAUACAGGAGAGAAAAAUCAUCAAUGCAAAAUCUGCGAUAAGUCAUUUUCUGUAAAAAGUACUUUUGACAGACAUAUGAGAGCACAUACGGGCGAGAAGAAAUACCGAUGUAAAAUAUGUGACAAAUCAUUUGCUGAUAACCAUACUUUCCAAGGACAUAUGACGAUACACACAGGCUUAGGGAAAUAUAAAUGUGAAAUAUGUGAAAAAUCCUAUCCACAUUCUACUUCUCUUAAAUUACAUAUGGCGAUACACACUGGACAGAAAUUUCAAUGUGAAAUAUGUGACAAAACAUUUACUCAAAACAGUAAUCUUAAAACGCAUAUGAUUACACAUACCGGAGAAAAGAAAUAUAAAUGUGAUACUUGUGAAAAAUCGUUUUCUCAUAAAACUAUCCUUAAAUCACAUAUGAUUACACAUACUGGAGAAAAGGCAUAUAAAUGUGCAAUAUGCAACAGAGCAUUUGCCUAUAAACAAUCUCUUGAAAUACACGUGAGGACACAUACUGGAGAGAAGAAAUAUCAAUGCAACAUGUGUGAAAAGUCAUUUAAUAUAAGUCGUAAUCUUAAAAGGCAUAUGCUACUACACACAGGAGCGAAGAAAUACAAAUGCGAAGUAUGUGACAAAGCAUUCGCUGAAAAACGUUAUCUUAGUAGACAUAUGAACAUGCAUUCACAAGAAUGUAAAAAUGUGUGUGAAGUCUGUGACAGACGGUUUACUCAAAAAAGCUAUCUUGUUGCACAUAUGUCAAUACAUACAGGAGAGAAGGAAUACAAAUGCCAAAUAUGUGAUAAGCUUUUUGCUCGUCACAAUUAUCUUAAAGAUCAUAUGCUGAUACAUUCAGAAGAGAAGAAAUAUCAAUGCGAAAUCUGUGAUAGACAAUUUGCAACAAAAAGUAGACUUACAAAACAUAUGAAAAUACACACAAAAGAGAAGAAACUAAUGUCGGAUAAUAAUAAAACACCGGUUAAUAACUCAACAUCGACAAAAACAAGGAAAAAUAAACGUCCAGCUACCUCGCCUUUGUUAUCGGACUACACGAGUGUUUCGUGCAAUAAUGUACAUGGAAGUAAUACGUGUGUAGAGACAAAAACAAGUCAGUCAACAAAGAAACAUAGACAGCGGGAUGUGCAAUGUGUAAGUGACUUAGAAAGCUACGAAAACUAUUCUAAUACAUAUUUGACAAUGGCAUUCCCACCACAACCACCGUUCGCCAUGGCUCCAUACAUGACAAGCCCCACCCACUCACAAUUUAAUGGCGGAGCUUUCAACAUCCCUACCCAACCAUCUUGGGCGUCUGAACUCCUAGACGAGGUCAAACAAAUUAAGCAAAAGCUACAGUCAGUUGGUGACACUGUGAGUACUAUAAACUCUAAAAUAACAGCUAUGGAAUCAAAAAUCAACAAUUUGGAUUUGCGUGUCACAGAAACUGAAAAACUUUGUGAAUUUACAGCAGAUAUGAGCGAGAAAAAUACUGCAGAAUUUAAAAAAAAAAACAACUCAGAAAUAAAGCAAAUGAAAAAAUCAUGCCAAUUCUUAGAAAAUGAGACACUUGAAUUGAAAUCACAGAAGGAAAACCUUAACACAAAACUAGUUGAAAAAGAAAUGAAUCAAAUGAGGGACAAUCUUAUGUUCUAUGGCAUUAAAGAAGGAGGAAGUGAUGAAAAUUGUGUAAAUCUAGUAAAAUCAAUAAUGACAGACAAAUUGAAAAUGGACCCGGAAGAAGUAGAAGGAAUUACAAUCGAUAGAGCGUAUCGGAUGGGCAGAAUGACGUCAUCAAAAUCCACCAGACCAAUUGUUGCCAAAUUUCACUACCCUAAAGAAAAGGAUAAGAUAAGAGCAAGAUCGUUUGAAUAUGCUGGAGAUCUUAAUUCGGUAAAAUUGGGGAUUGGCGCACAACUACCAAAACAGCUGCGAGAAGCCAGAAAACCACUUUAUCCUGCAAUGAAGAAAGCGAAAGGUGCUGGAAAACACGUUAGAUUUGUUGGUGAGAAGUUGUUCAUAGAUGGAGAAGAAUAUAUUCCGGAAAUAUUGUUAAAUAGACUUAGCUUGAAACAGGGAGAUCCAAGCUCACCUCUGAUCUUCAUGUUCUUCGUAAAUGACCUUAUAGACAAUAUUAACACUGAUUUAGAAGAAUUGACAAUGCACACUGGAGAAGAAUAUAGAUGUGGACUCUGUGAAAGAUCAUUUGUUAAUGAACAAACUCUUAAAAAACAUAUGAUAAUACACACCAGAGAUAGAAGUUUUCAAUGCGAAAUCUGUGAAAAAUCAUUUUCUUAUCAACAUUAUUUGAAAGAGCAUCUAACAAUACACACAGGAGAAAAACAAUAUGAAUGCAAAAUAUGUGACAAGAAGUUUCCUCGAAAUAAAUCUCUUAAACUACAUAUGACGAUACAUACAGGAGAGAUGAAAUAUCAAUGCAAAAUCUGUGAUCGACCAUUUUCUGUAAAAAGUGCUCUUGACAGACAUAUGAGAGCACACACAGGAGAGAAAAAAUACCGAUGUAAAAUAUGUGACAAAUCAUUUGCUGAUAACCAUACUUUUCAAGGACAUAUGACGAUACACACAGGCUUAGAGAAAUAUAAAUGUGAAAUAUGUGAAAAAUCCUAUUCAUAUUAUACUUCUCUUAAACAACAUAUGGCGAUUCACACUGGACGGAAAGUUCAAUGUGAAAUAUGUGAUAAAACAUUUACUCAAAACAGUAAUCUUAAAACACAUAUGAUUACGCACACCGGAGAAAAGAAAUAUAAAUGUGAUACUUGUGACCAAUCGUUUUCUCAUAAAUCUAUCCUUAAAUCACAUAUGUUUAUACAUACUGGAGAAAAGCCAUAUAAAUGUGAAAUCUGUGACAGAGCAUUUUCUAAUAAACGUGCUCUUGAAAUACACUUGGGGACACAUACAGGAGAGAAGAAAUAUCAAUGCAGUAUGUGUGAAAGGUCAUUUAAUGCAAGUAGUAAUCUUAAAAGACAUAUGCUACUACACACAGGAGAGAAGAAAUACAAAUGCGAAAUAUGUGACAAAGCAUUCGCUCAAAAACGUUAUCUUAGUAGACAUAUGAACAUGCAUUCAGAAGAAUGUAAAAAUGUGUGCGAAAUCUGUGACAGGCGGUUUACUCAAAAAACCUAUCUUGUUGCACAUAUGGCAAUACAUACAGGAGAGAAGGAAUACAAAUGCCAAAUUUGUGACAAGCUUUUUGCUCGACACAAUUAUCUUAAAGAACAUAUGCUGAUACAUUCGAAAGAGAAGAAAUAUCAAUGCGAAUUAUGUGACAGCCAAUUUGCAACAAAAAGUAGACUUACAAAACAUAUUAAAAUACACACAAGUGAGAAGAAUUAAUGAUGGGAUAUCAGCGUUUCAUGUCUAUUAAAAUGUAAAUACGUUCUCUUUGUAAGACCAUUUUCUCAAUAACGAUAUUUUCAUGAUAAAUGACAACUGUAAAUUGUAACAUUACAUUGUGUGAAAAAAGUUUUCAAACAGUAUCUUUGUAAGUCUCUUUUAACUCCAGUAGGACGUGGCUAUAGUGUCUUUAUUUAUGACUCAUGAAAGAAGACUAGUGAAAUAAAUUGUUACGAAACCUCGAAGGAGUUUGGUGGUCAAGGCCACGCGUUGUUAAUAUGAAAUAUAUACACAUUUUAUUAUGUAAACUUCUAAAGUUAUAGUAAAAAUGAAAAUGGUUUUGUUUAUGAUACUAUCAUGGUGAUGAUGACGAUGAUAUUGAUAAUGAUGAUGAUGAUGUAUGAAAGAAGACUUGUAAAAUUAAUUAUGUUUAUUACGGUAGGACACAUAUGUAUGGUGGUCAGAACCAGGUUCUGUUAGUAAUGCAUUAUGUACAAAUUUGAUAAAUAAAUUCCUAAAGUAAGAGUAAAAUGAAAAUUAUUAUGGUUAUUCAAUAAUAACUUUAUAGCACGAUGA